CGGUGAUUGGCUCCGGGUGGAGCUCCGUCGUCAGGUUCAGGUGGCGGCUGGCGAAAGCUGACCGAUUACCUUCUGCUCCAGAGAUACCCAAGCGAGUAUUUAGUUAAAGUUUUUAACGGUAACCUGAGGGUUGGUCUAGGUUGAACGUGUUUGUGCGAUGGCGUCCUUGGAGCGGGUGAAGGUGUUGGUGUUGGGGGAUUCAGGAGUUGGAAAGUCAUCUCUUGUACAUUUAUUGUGCCACAACCAGGUGUUGGGAAAUCCAUCAUGGACAGUUGGAUGCUCAGUUGAUGUGAGGGUUCAUGAUUAUAAAGAAGGCACUCCAGCUGAGAAAACCUAUUACAUUGAACUUUGGGAUGUUGGUGGAUCUGUGGGCAAUGCCAGCAGUAUUAAAAGCACUAGAGCUGUGUUUUACAAUUCUGUGAAUGGUGUAAUAUUAGUGCACGACUGUACAAACAAAAAGUCAUCCCAAAAUCUCUACAGAUGGUCAUUAGAAGCUUUAAAUAAGGAUUCCUCUCCUACUGGAGUUAUAGUGACGAAUGGGGACUAUGAUCGUGAACAGUUUGCAGAUAAUCAGAUUCCAUUAUUGGUCAUUGGUACUAAGUUGGACCAAAUUCAUGAAACUAAAAGGAAUGAAGUUUUGACAAGGACUGCAUUCUUGGCAGAAGAUUUCAAUGCUGAAGAAAUUAAUCUGGAUUGUACCAAUCCACGGUAUUUGGCUGCAGGUUCUUCUAAUGCUGUGAAACUGAGCCGCUUUUUUGAUAAAGUAAUAGAAAGGAGAUAUUUUUCACGUGACGGUAACCAGAUUCCUGGUUUUGCAGACAGAAAGCGAUUUGGAACAUCAGGCACAUUGAAGACUCUUCAUUACGAUUGAGCAGAAUUGUCAGUAAUUUGCAAGUGUAACAGCAAAUGCCUUCUGCUCAGCUCCUAACAUCUCACACUGAUUAUAUAGUUAAAUAUUUGGGGGGGAGAAUUUUCUUUAAGGAAUGGUUUACUACUUUUGCUUUUUAUAAAAGGCAAUGAAAAUUAAGCAAUAUGAGGAUAGUUGAAACAUAAGUAUGCUUUCAUACAUUUGUUGGCACAGAAAUCAGGUCUUGCUGAAAGAAGGCAUUUUUGAAGCUUUUUGUCAUUGCCCUGGGACAUCAAUGCAUUGACCAGAAUCAAACUGCCUGAUUUAAAUUUAAACAAGGUUUGACAGUUAACUGUCAAUCAUCAUCUAAUGCGUGCAUCUCCAUGGCACAACCUCUACCAAUCAGAGUCAUUCAUUUGCUAACCAAUUGGUAGUUUCUGCUAAUUCAGUAUAAUGUGUUAUCCCCUUCCCCCCCCACCCCCCCCCCCCCCCCCCCAUACAUUGGUGAUCUUGUGAAUAUUCUGAUGAGUGCAGGAUGAAAAGCAUUGACAAAUGUUAUGUUUUUCAGCAAAACUAUCUUGCAUUAUUUGAAUUCUUCAUUACAUUGCUGAAAAGGUGCAUGUAUCCCCUUCAAUCUGUAAAUUACACUUGUUCUUGAAAUAUUGUAUGUUUUGAUAUGGUGAGAACACUUUAACAAUCAAAUGAACAACAGUAUGAAAUUAUAUGCAGUAUAAAGGUCGUAUUCAAAUUAUUCAAGUUAAAUUGAGCUCUGGAAGCUUUUAUGAAGUUACACAAAUGCGAAGAGCACAAAGUUAAUUGUUCCGAUCCUUUUCACAUAUAGCUACCUUCAGUUAAAUUUGCAAAAAUUAAUGCGGUUAUGGAAGUAUCUGCCUGAACAUGUUUCUGUAUUUAUCCAGAAUUGUCUUGAGACCUCUUCAGUCAUAAUUCCCAGGGACCAGUGGCACUCAAAAUACAUGUUCCUCAGGUGUCUGUAGGCUGAAAAAAGGGGUAAACAUUUAUUAGAGAUCUCUAAUAAGCAACCAAAGCUUUUUAGAGUGGUGGAUUCAAUAUUAUUUGAAGCAUGCUGUAUGUAAACAUGUGCACAAAUAUAGUUUUAAAUCUUGCCUUGGGCAAUAGACAAUCAAUUAAUCAGCUAACUACCUUCUUAGACAUGGAGCACAGCAUCAUCUGGAGUAAUUGCUCUUCCUGAGUAACAAUGUCUUCAAUAUUAUGUUUACAAAUUGUCAGUGAUUAAAUGGCCUGUAGGUUAGUAUCUUUAGCCAUUAUUUAGCAUUUUGAAAAUUUCAAAAACAAAGGAAAAACCAAUGAAUUUCUUUGAACUUUGUAAUUGUAUAUUUUCAGCUGCUUUUCCCAAUUACUGUACCUCCAUCAUUGCCUAAAGGUAUUUGGAGGAUGGAUAUUAUCCCAAUCCCCAUCAGAACUGAAUUAUUAGUAUGGUACUAUUGAAGGAUCUUCUCCAUGCUUGUCAUUAUUUCUUUCCCAAAACUGAUUUUAACUAUCUAUUCCUGUGACUAAAACUGGUGGAGAAAUAUUUUGACAAUAGAAUUGUUAUACUACACAAGGACUCCAUCUGGCCUGUUGUGUCUCUGCAGGUUCUCCUUUACUUUGUUAUAUUAAACAUCUUGUAGUGGCUGCUUAAGUAUAGAAGUAAUAUUUGGAUGCCUAUGUUUUGAAGUUCGUACCAACAAUUCAAAAUUUAAGAGAUCCUGUGUAUUUGUUGUAAUUGGAUAAACUGAUGGUGCAGUUUUUUUUGUUGACUAUGUAUGGUUUCUAAAGUUUUCCCUUUCUCUUACAAAAUCAGGCAUAAAUAUAUAUUGUAAAUUUGUUUAUAAUACCUCUAGAAAUCUCUUUGAAUGCACACAAUGUGGAAUUGAGAUUUAUUCUAUUUCUAAAGCUGGAGUAUGAUUUUUGAGUUAUGGUUUAUAGAAAAGAAAAUUAAAACUUGAUGCCUGUUUUCUAACAGCACAUUGUAAGAAAAUUAUUUAUUAACUAUUGUUUGGUAAUGCACAUUCUGGAGUUCUAUAAUUAAACUUCUUGAAAAGCUAAGUUGCUAACUUGAAAUUUAUAUGGUUUUAAAUCCGCAAAAUAUACUCAUUUGAAACAAAUCCGGUUCAUUUCUCAAACAAAUAGCUAGAGUGUUUGUGUGUAUUUAUACACUGGGGGAUGAAUCAUUUUCCAUUUCAGCUACCCAGUUAUUAGUAUCAAACAUUCCUAGGUCAGCCAGCAGGACAAAGCAACUGCCAUACAGCUUUGAAUAUACUUUAGGAAUGAUCAGAUAUUAAUAUGAUGCUCCCCAUGUUUCUCCUUCAUGCCCUCGGCUUUACUUGUGACCAGACUGGAAAGUGAAUUUUAAUCAUGUCUACGGUAACAGUUGAGAGAGCAUUGCACAACAGAAGCAUGAAAUGACUGCUUUGUUCUUACAGCAUUAUAUUUUUGUUGAACCUGGUAUUCUCAGAGGAAUGAGACCAAAGCAGCUGCAAAACACCAGUUCGUUGGUUUCUGAACCGACAUUAAAAUUAAACUUACUAACCUCAACUAU